AUUCUCUCCCUGAUGAGAGCAGUCUGAGGCAGCGUUCUCUACGUAGAAUCGCAGUAUAUUUACCACUUGUCAAUGUUUUCAUCUUAGUUCCUUCGCUGUUAAGCUCGGCUGGAGCCUACACAUCGGGUUUCACGGAACAUGAAUUCUCUUUUGGCUCUGCGGGGCCUGAGGCCGGCUUGGAUCGGUAUCACCGCGAUUGCAACAGUCGCGGUAUUCUCUUUAUUUCUAUUAUACUCGCCACAGCUAAAACCUACGACCUCAAAGGUGCCAACACCCGAUCCUGUAAAUCAUAUUGUGACCGAUUCGACAUAUGUGGAUGUUAAUCCCAUUACAGCCAAUGACCGCAUAACAAUUACUGAGGUGAGCUUGGUGAACGAUCUUGCGCAAUACUUUAUCGACUACCCACUUCAACCACCAUACAAAGAGCACUUCGGCCAGCUCGGCCAACGCAGCCGAGUCCUGCGCAACUGGCUAGCACUAGCUGACCAGUCUGAAAAUCCCAUUAUAAAGAGCUUGCUAUUAAACGCUACUGAACGAGUUGCCGUGUCCCUAUAUCCUUUCCUCGAGAAGCCUGAGGGGAAAGCAACCUCACAAGGGCCUGUAUCGGAUCUUCGGGCAUCCUUCGAACCAGGCUCAGCCGGAAUCGUGAUACCAACUAGCAACAAGACUCUUCGCUUCGCGAUUCACCUCAUCGGUGCUUUGCGUUCGGUUCUGAACUCAACACUACCCAUCCAGGUGGUUUAUGCUGGGGAUGAGGAUCUGAGUCCGGAUAACAGGUCGCGGUUAUCACAGAUUGUAGAGUUAGGCCCGCUGGAAUUCCUUGACAUCCUUACUAUCUUCGAUGAUACAACCCUUCAGUUGCGGUCCGGUGGCUGGGCCAUAAAGGCCUUUGCGGCUUUAGCCUCGCGGUUCGAGCGUGUGAUCCUAGCCGACGCUGACGCCGUUUUCUUCCAACCCCCGGAGGUACUACUUGAUCACGAAGCAUUUAUCCGCACCGGCGCAUUGCUGUUCCAUGACCGGCUUCUCUGGCCUGGUGCAUUCAAGGAGCGUCACGAGUGGUGGGAGAGUCAGAUCCGGCAUCCAAGCCCCGAGCUGAACAAGUCACUGGUAUGGACGGAAUGGUACGCCGAAGAGGGGGACUCUGGUCUUGUUGUUCUUGACAAGAGCCGCUUGGAUAUAUUCAUCGGACUGUUUCACAUUUGUUGGCAGAAUUCAUACGCGGUUCGGGAAGAGACUACAUACAAGAUCACCUAUGGUGAUAAGGAGACGUGGUGGUUUGGUCUUGAGCUUGUAGGAGCUAGCUACGAGUUCUCGGGCCACUACGGUGGAAUUGUCGGCUGGGAGGAUGUGGACGAGAAGGGAAAGCCUAAGGUGUGUAGCUUUGUUAUCGCUCACGUUGAUGCAAAGGAUCGGCUCUUGUGGUACAACGGGAGUCUGCUCAAGAACAAGGGGAAGAGCGAGAUGGCGAACGAAUAUGAAGUUCCGACGAACUGGAUGAUCGAUGCCGAAUGGCAAAAGGGCGCUGCUAAACAGGACAUGAGCUGUAUGGUGGGAGGUGAAGUGAAGAAUUUAACGCAAUAUGAGCUGGACGUCCUGCAACAAUCGAUUGAACUAGCGAAAAAACUCGAUUCCACGACUCAUCCUUCGUGAAAUGGAACUGAAACGAUGCCCUUUAUUUCUGCGCUUUGACACCAUGAUUCACUGGCACAUAUCGUCUUGGCGUAUUCAUGUGAGGCGGUUAGACGCGCAAUUGCCGGCAAGGUCAGGAUUUUGCUAUUGAAAUAUAUUCGUCCACAGCUGCAGACAUAUACUCGACCAGUCCUUGUUGACCUUUCCAUCCGCAUCAUCCG